UGCGGGCCGCACCAGUUCCGCUUCCCGUCGCGCGCGCCUCUGGCUGUGCGGCUUGCGGGACGGGCGGUGCCAUGGCCGGCAUCAAAGCCUUGAUCAGCCUGUCCUUUGGGGGAGCAGUCGGACUAAUGUUCUUGAUGCUUGGAUGUGCCCUUCCCCAGUACAACCAGUACUGGCCACUGUUUGUUCUGUUUUUUUACAUCCUUUCUCCUAUCCCGUACUGCAUAGCAAGAAGAUUAGUAGAUGACACAGAUGCUGCAAGUAAUGCCUGCAAGGAGCUAGCAAUAUUUCUUACAACAGGCAUUGUUGUCUCAGCAUUUGGGCUACCAAUAGUGUUUGCGAGAGCAGAACUGAUUUACUGGGGUGCGUGUGCACUUGUUCUUACGGGGAAUACAGUCAUCUUUGCCACGAUCCUAGGAUUUUUCCUGGUCUUUGGCAGCAAUGACGACUUCAGCUGGCAGCAGUGGUGAACUAUCACAGGCAUCUUCUCAUGCAGUGGCCAUCCAUACAAAUGAGAGAAUGGGCAAUAAAGAGAAGUAGCAUAGCAAGCCUCUUGAGUAUGCUAGAUGCUCCUUUUCACCUUGUUCGUUCUGAGUGUACUGCUGUUGCUGACAGGGUUUCUAUGUUUUUAUGAAUUGGAGAAGUGAUUGAUUUCAUUUUUACCUAUGGUAUGUAUUUAGGUGCUCUCUUGGUUUAAAAUUGUCAUCCUUUGUCUGGUGUUUAUGUGAAACUUUAAAUCUGGAACAAGAACAUUUAAACACGGUUUCAAAGAAGAUUUAAAGUUGUUAAUUUUUUUGUUUCAUUUUGUUCAUUGUGUUUUUUUUCUUUAAGUUAAACAUUAAUACUGUGUUUCAAAGUAACUUUUUUUUGUAUAGUGAUUAACUUAUAUACAGGCUGAACGGAGGUAAGGGAUUGUACACCACCAUUGUCACUUACCAGAUUGUUGAUUGUUGCUAUAUUUUAGCAGAGGCAAGGCAGGGAGUACCAGUUGCAGAUUUUUCUUCUGCCCAUACCUCAGACUGGGUGAUGAAUGUUGAUAGCCUUCAUUUCAUGAGAAGGCUGAGGAGCAGGUAGAGUUAUUUGGGAGAAGUCCUAAAUUUUAACACCGCUAGCACUUCGACCUGCUCUGUUACCAGUUCUUGUGUGGAUGUGACAUUCAAAUACUCUGUAAAUGUGUUGAUGCUAUGACAUACAAAGCUAAAGUGUAUUGUAGGGGAAGGGAAAAUGAUGUUUAAAUUCCAUUUUAAAAAAAGUAUCUUUUUAAGUCUUUCUAUUUAUAAAUAUUAUAUGCUUUUGAACUUUUAGUCAACUUUUUACCACAAAGGUGGUAAAGUGUUCAUUAUGGAACUACGAGUCUGUGUUCAUUUGAAGCAUAUACAAAGCUAUUUCCUCCUUCCCCUUUUUAAUUUAUUUUAUACAUAAUAUACAUAUAUAUAAUAAAACAGCUUUUCAAACGUAGAUUAAAACUUUGUGUUAAACUUGCCUAAGAAUUACUUUUGGGUAUUUUUCCCCUUCACGCAAUUUAGUUCAGGCACGACUUUUUGGGAAGUCACUGGCUAAACUGAUUUCACUGACUUUUUAAGUUCUUAUGCACUAUCAGUUAUUAAGAUUUAAUGUUGUGUCUGUAACUGUAGCUUGUAUUCUGUAAGAUUGCACAUGUAGCUUCAAAUAUUUGACAAGUUUUCUGCAUACCUCUCAAUUGUCUGGGUUUCUCAUUUAAAGAAAGAUGCCAUUACACAUUCCAUCACAAAAUAUUUGAUGAGUUAGUCAGGUUUGAUUGUACUAUAGGCGGUGAUAAGCUUGACCAAGCAUACUUCUAAACUAUGUUUUUGUUCAGUUCUCUGAAAACAUGUCUGAGAAGCUUACUGUGCAUAAUUAAAAGCUGACAAAUGCUUAUCAUUUGCUUAACGGUGGAGCAGUACAAAAGGGCACGGAACUGUAGGUCUUAGCUGGAGUACUUGUGUGCAGAUGUAAAAGUAUAAAGCUUGAAUAUUUGAAGUCUGAUACUAAUGGUAGGUACUUGCAUGAUGUGAUACCAGCAGGUAGGGGCAGCAAGGGCGUAGCUACCUACAUGCACUGCUUUGUUAAUGUCAUCCCGUGUAUAAAAUAAGAGCUUGAUUUUUAUCUGUGCUGGCAGAGGAACGAAUAGAUGCCAAGACUCCAGCGCAGAAGCCAAUCUGUAGCAGAUGCUCUUCCAGCCAGAGGUAGAAUGCUUCGACAGAUUGCCUGCGAUGGAGAUGUCCGGAGGUACGUAAGGGCUGCAGAAUCACUCGUUUCAUCACCUUUUUCAGUGAGACUUCUGCAUCCCUUCCUCCAGCACAACAGAUGCUUCAGAAAAUCUUCCAAACCAAUGGCUAGAUUUGCAGUAAUUUGCAGUCUUUGGAAGGGUGAACGCUUAGGACUUGCACAAAUUUUCUGAAUCUGUUACCAACUCCUUUUUUUUGUGAUCCGGAAAUGUAUUUUCUUCUUCAUUCCUGUGCUGCUGAGCCUACUUCUCCAUGUGAUGCUACUCUCCGGCACACUGGCCAUAGAGCUGACUGUGUGUGCAUUGGCAGUGCAGUUGUUGUGUGCUAAUAUCGUUACAGUGUUACCUUCUUUUGCUUGCACACCAAGUACAUGCAGUAUCGCUCUGAUUUAUGAGCUAGACACUUGAGAGGUAUGAUCCUUCCAUAUGAUAUGCACUGAGAUAGUGUUACCAGCCUUCUAGAGGGAAAAACUUUGAACAAUAAAAAUUUUAAAUAGCAA